GGGCGCAUAGAAUUCUCUUAAUUCAAGCAAGGAAAACACUCGCUGAAGAUGACUUGUCUCGCAGUAAUCGCGUUAAUUCUAGCCUGUGCGACGACUGUACACGUAACAACUGCAGCGCCUGGAGAAGACGAUAACUCGCUCAAUCCGGAGGAAAUUUUCGGCCUCCUUGACACUGAUGGAGAUGGUUUUAUAAGCCGUGAGGAGUUCGGUGGCGCCCUGGGCAACCAUGGGAGCGAAACUGAGGCAGAGAUCGACGCCGAAUUCGACAAGAUGGACGCCAACAAUGACGACAAGAUUUCCCCUGAGGAGUUCGAUCCUAAUAUACACUGAUAUUCAGCUGCCAAGAACACAGCACAAUAUAUCAAUUUGGACAUGUUGGCUGGCAAGAAUAUGACCUUUUGAAAUCUUUAAUCUUAAUGAAAAAGAUUGUUUUGAGAAGAUUGUAUUUACAGGCGAAAGCUUAAUGUUCAAUAAAAUGAUAAAGAUUGCUGUGUAUAUGAGAGGAGAAGC